AUGGGUGUUGCCGUGAUGCCGUUUGUUGGCGGCGACAACCUGGCUGACUUCUUCGUCAUUGAUGUAAUCUUUGGCGACAUUCUGGAUCUCUUUGCCUUCGAGCUCCUAGACUCGGAGGCAGAGGUCCUGGAUGAUCUGUGCCGCUUUGUCCCUAGCUUUCUCAGGAUGUCGUUGGUCCGUGACGACGUGGUCAUUCGUGUGGUGGACAUUGCUCUCGUCUCCUACCUCUCCUGCGUUGGUCGUCGGCGUGUGUGUCUGCCUUCGACUGCAACAAACGGUUGCUGGUGUGCUCUCCGUCGCCUCCCCUCUGCGCUGGGCCCAUCUGUGUUGUUGUUGUCGGAGGUCUUCUCCACUGUUUGUCCGGCCAAGGCGUCUUCAUUCCCUCGCGGUGAAGGCCCUCAUCUGGAGUCACCGCGUCGUACCUUGCCGAGCCUCCGAGCGCCUGGCCUCCCGUUCCCGCGUUGUGCCUCUGCUCCAUCUCCCUGCACUCGAACUUUCUCCAAUGAUGGGGACUCGGAUUUCACCAUAGACACACAUCAUGGUAGCAAGUUUCAUUAUUUAGGGAACGGGCUAGAAUAUUUGGGGGGAAAGGUGUUGGAAGAUAUGCAUUAUGAGCUCGAUGAAUGGAGUUUGCAAGAAAUAGUUAGUGCCAAGAUCUGGUACUGUGAACCAGGCUGUCAAUUGAGCUCGGGUCUGAGAGAGUUGAUGAGUGAUGGAGAUGCCAUGAGAAUGGGUAGGUUAUUAGUGUUGCAAACUGUUAAGCAUUGCUCGGUGUAUGUUGUUGAUGGCUGUAGGAAAGGUAAUGGUGUUGAGAUAUGUUCGAAUGAUAAGGCCUAUGUGCCAACUGAAGCUGAGUACAAUGAGAGUGGUUUCGUAGAAGUAGAAGUUGAAUGUGAAUCAGAGGCGUCUAGUGAGGAGGAUAGAUUUGAUGACAGUGCAGACGAUGGUGACCACGAGGAUCAUUUUGGGUUUGACGUUGAAAAUGGAAAUGAUGGUGGAGUUGGAAAUGGUUUUGGGGGGUUUUAUGGCCCUUUAAAUGAACAUGACAAUGCUCAAACUGCUGGUGUUGAUGCUGCUGUGAAUGACGCCGCCAUUAGGGAUGAUGUUGAAGUUGGAGAGAUUUCUGAGGGUUAUGAAACUGAAGAUAUUGAUAGCUAUGAGGGAGGUUCGGAUGAUAUAAUUAAGAAGAGAAGAUAUCUUAAAUACAAUGAGGCUGAGAUGAGUAGGUAA